UAUGAAAGUCGAUCUCAAAUUCUCAACAAAACAUGAUUUUCAUAAACAAACUACUGGAACAAAAUGAAUUUUUUCGCUAUGCACAGAAAACGCAGCUUUCACUGGAGCGCGAUCCUCAUCCUGUUUCUUAAUUUAUGUUGAUCUUCAUUAAAAGAAAAUGAAAUAUGGCAAUAUUUUACCAGUACGGCCACAUUAAGAAAACUGCUUUUCCGACCUUAACAACUUGAAGUGCGAAUGCAUUUGUCACCAAUACCAAUAAGAAUUCAAAAGAGGCUGUUAUAGAAAUAUUGCAUUUUCAAACGGCAUAUUUUACAAGUUGGUUUUUUGAGUUUUUUGGGUUUCUUUAUAUAAAUAGAAAAAUUUAGAAAAAGUUUUGUCAAAGGUGAUAACAUUAAUUCAGAAUGUACAGAAAAAUAGAAAACACGACCAAUUGUAAGGAAAACCAUUCACAGGCGAUGAAACCAUUACCAGCUCCACCACAGAAACACCAGAGUACCAGAAAUACAUUAAACGAGAAUAUGAGGGGCGUAGCUCCCAUUGCUAUGCCGAGACCCAUGCCGUCUAUUCGGAAUAGCAGUUCUACUACAAUUACCGGUCCGCCAGCUUCGAGAAUAAUUCAAGUUGCAACAGCCACAACGAUUAGUAGGCCGCAAGUAAUACAUAACAAUCCGUCACGACCGAUAAAGGCUCCGAUAUCAACAUCCACCACGAGGACUGUAACGAGGCCGGCGCCUAAACCUCCUUCAAAAUCUUUGCCCACAAUGAGACUUGACUCUUCCAGCUCUUGCGCUCCUUCCACUUCUUCUAGUAAUAAGAAUGCAGUCGAUCAAAUAAGAGCGGAAAAAGAAGUACCUAAUGCGAAACCAAUCGCAAGCACCAUAGGAACAACUAAAAAAAACCCAGUUGGUCAAAGGAGUACCGAAAAAGAAGUAACUAAUGCGAAAGUAAUCGCCAGCUCAACAGUGACAGCUACAAUAACAACAAAUAGUCAAUUAAGUGCCGAAAAAGAAGUGUCUAAUGCGAAAGAAACUGCUAGCUCCACGGUGGUAGCAAAACAAGUAGAAGAAUCUGUAUAUAAAUCUCAAAAAUCAACAGAAGAAUCAAAUAAGGCUGAUAAUGAGAAUACUGCUACUAGUAAUGAAAAAAAAUCGUGGUCACUAAGCAAUUUUGACAUAGGCAAACCACUUGGACGCGGCAAAUUCGGAAACGUAUAUCUGGCGCGCGAAAAAGAAUCGAAAUAUGUAGUCGCUCUAAAGGUGCUGUUUAAAAAACAAAUACAGGAGUCUAGGGUUGAACAUCAAGUCAGACGAGAAAUUGAAAUUCAAGCGCAUUUAAGACAUCCACAUAUACUCCGCUUGUAUGGAUAUUUUCACGAUGAUGCACGCAUUUACCUAAUACUGGAAUAUGCUCCAAAGGGAACACUUUUUAAAGAAUUACAAUCCCAGCCAUUAAAGCGUUUUACCGAACAGAAAUCAGCCGUUUAUAUAGGAUCUCUAGCUUCAGCACUUAAGUAUUUACAUGAACGUGAUGUAAUUCAUCGUGAUAUCAAGCCAGAAAAUUUAUUGUUAGGACAUAAAGGGGACUUAAAAAUAGCCGACUUUGGAUGGUCGGUACACGAGCCGAAUUCAUUGCGCACCACUUUAUGCGGCACUUUAGACUAUUUACCACCGGAAAUGGUACAAGGCAAACCGCAUACUAAAAAUGUAGAUCUUUGGAGCUUAGGAGUAUUAUGUUACGAACUAAUAGUUGGUCGACCACCAUUUCUGGCCACUGAUUAUGAUGAAACAUAUAAGAAAAUUAUUAAAAUCGAUUAUAAAUUGCCUGAUUAUGUUUCACGAGCAGCAGCACACUUUAUGUCCAAGCUUUUAGUGCUGAAUCCUCAGCAACGCCUUCCUCUGGAUCAAGUAUUCCUCCAUCCUUGGGUGGCAGCCCACAAUAAAUGAGAAUUAUGCAUAUACCCAUUUAAAAAUCACUUGAUUUGAGUAGUUUAAUUUUUUUUAUUUUUUUAAUAUAAUUUUUAAAUAUAAUAUAGAAAGAAGAAUAGUGCCUAUUGCAUGGGAGGAAAUAAAACUGUAGCUUUUUUAUUUUAAAUAAAAAUACUUACAAAAGAUUUAUAAAACAGAUAUUAAUAUAUUA